GCCGGUCUAGGCCAAGAUGGCGGGCCCCGCGCGGCCGCGAUGAGAGCCGCCGACUUGGAGGCUGAGAGGCCGAGGCGGAGACGGAGCCGACGCCUUCCCCCUCGGAGCCGAUAAAUCCGGACACAACGACCCUCUGCCCUCACAGCUGAAGCCCCGGUGGUCUUUCUAUUUGGCGUUUAUAACCCCCUCCUCACCCUCACACACACCCCCACCCCCUCCUCUUCCUCCUCCUCCUCCUCCUCUCAGAUACUCCUGUCGGUGGUGAAGCGUCAGCAGCAGCAGCAGCAGCACACCAUGGCGGGCGCCAGUCUGCUCGAGGAGCUGCUGGAGGAGGACGAGGGCGACCUGACCGACUGGAACCUGCCCGUGACUUUCAUGAAGAAGCGACACUCGGAGAAGAUCGAGGGCUCGAAGGCAGUGACUCAGAGUUGGCGCAUGAAAGACCGGAUGAAAACAGUCAGCGUUGCUUUAGUUCUGUGCCUGAAUGUUGGUGUGGAUCCCCCAGAUGUGGUGAAAACGACUCCCUGUGCCCGUUUGGAAUGCUGGAUAGAUCCACUAUCCAUGAGCCCCCAGAAAGCUUUGGAAAGUAUUGGUGCUAAUUUACAGAAGCAGUAUGAGAAUUGGCAGCCAAGGGCCAGGUACAAGCAGAGUCUGGACCCCACAGUGGACGAAGUCAAAAAACUCUGCACAUCUCUCAGGCGCAAUGCCAAGGAAGAGCGGGUGCUUUUCCAUUACAAUGGACACGGCGUUCCAAGACCAACAAUUAAUGGCGAAAUCUGGGUAUUCAAUAAGAAUUAUACCCAGUAUAUUCCUCUUUCGAUUUAUGACCUUCAGACCUGGAUGGGGAGCCCCUCUAUAUUUGUCUACGACUGCUCAAAUGCCGGAAUCAUAGUGAAGUCAUUUAAACAGUUUGCAUUGCAGAGAGAGCAGGAGUUAGAGGUUGCAGCCAUCAACCCAAAUCACCCACUCGCACAGAUGCCUUUGCCACCAUCAAUGAAGAACUGUAUUCAACUGGCUGCCUGUGAGGCCACUGAGCUUUUGCCCAUGAACCCAGAUUUACCGGCUGAUCUGUUCACUUCCUGCCUUACUACACCGAUCAAAAUAGCAUUACGAUGGUUCUGCAUGCAAAAGAGUGCCAAGCUGGUGCCCGGAGUUACACUUGACUUGAUAGAAAAGAUUCCAGGCAGACUUAAUGACAGACGAACUCCUCUAGGGGAACUAAAUUGGAUUUUUACAGCCAUCACUGACACUAUCGCUUGGAAUGUGUUACCCAGAGAUCUUUUCCAAAAAUUGUUCAGACAAGACUUGCUUGUUGCCAGUUUGUUUCGAAACUUUCUUUUGGCUGAAAGGAUCAUGCGGUCAUACAACUGUACUCCAGUCAGCAGCCCUCGUCUGCCUCCAACGUACAUGCAUGCCAUGUGGCAAGCAUGGGACCUCGCAGUGGACAUUUGCCUUUCACAACUUCCAACCAUCAUAGAAGAGGGAACAGCUUUUAGGCACAGCCCAUUCUUUGCUGAGCAGCUGACAGCAUUCCAAGUCUGGCUGACGAUGGGAGUUGAGAACAGGAAUCCACCAGAGCAAUUGCCAAUUGUCUUGCAGGUGCUGCUCAGCCAAGUGCAUCGACUGCGAGCUCUGGAUUUACUGGGAAGAUUUUUAGAUUUGGGUCCGUGGGCCGUGAGUCUAGCUUUAUCUGUUGGGAUCUUCCCCUAUGUUUUGAAACUGCUUCAAAGUUCAGCUCGGGAAUUAAGGCCGCUCCUCGUUUUCAUCUGGGCCAAAAUCUUGGCCGUGGACAGUUCUUGUCAGGCGGAUUUGGUGAAAGACAACGGACACAAGUACUUCCUGUCAGUCCUGGCCGACCCUUACAUGCCGGCUGAACACCGAACAAUGGCUGCUUUUAUUUUAGCCGUGAUCGUUAACAGCUAUAACACAGGACAGGAAGCCUGUCUGCAGGGUAAUCUCAUUGCUAUUUGCUUGGAGCAGCUGAAUGACCCACAUCCUUUAUUGCGGCAGUGGGUGGCUAUUUGUUUGGGGCGCAUCUGGCAGAAUUUUGACGCUGCUCGCUGGUGCGGUGUAAGAGACAUUGCGCAUGAGAAGUUAUACAGCCUUCUCUCUGAUCCAAUACCCGAGGUGCGUUGCUCUGCUGUCUUUGCCUUGGGCACCUUUGUAGGUAACUCGGCUGAGCGGACUGACCAUUCAACAACUAUUGACCACAAUGUGGCCAUGAUGCUCGCCCAGCUAAUAAAUGAUGGAAGUCCUGUGGUCAGAAAGGAAUUGGUUGUGGCACUUAGUCAUCUUGUCAUUCAGUAUGAAAGCAAUUUCUGCACAGUGGCUCUGCAGUUCAUGGAGGAAGAAAAGAAUUAUCCUCUUCCCUCACCUGCCAGUGUGACAGAGGCUGGAAACUUUACCCCUGUGCGUGAUGGACCUACGACCCCACGACUGCGUUCAGUGAGUUCCUACGGGAAUAUCCGUGCAGCCACAUCAGUACGGAACUUAAAUAAGUCUCUUCAGAACCUUAACUUAAAUGAAGAAACUGGUGGUUCAAACCCCUUCUCCCCUGGAUAUCUGAGCACGAGCAGUAGUGCCAGCAGCACCCUGGGAAGCCCUGACAAUGAUGAAUACAUCCUUUCCUUUGAAACCAUAGAUAAAAUGAGACGAGUUAGUUCCUACAGCUCCUUGAACUCCUUAAUAGGUGUUUCAUUCAACAGUGUCUACACUCAGAUCUGGCGAGUCCUGCUUCACCUGGCUGCGGAUCCCUUCCCCGAAGUCUUCGACCUGGCUAUGAAGGUGCUCAACAACACAGCCUACAAGGCUACCAUGAAUGCAAGACCUCAGCGAAUCUUGGAUUCUGCCUCCCUUACUCAGUCGGCUCCAGCCAGCCCCACCAGCAAGGGAACUCACAUUCAUCAAGUUGGAGGUUCACCUCCCAUACCCAGUACGAGUAGUUCCAGUCUAACCAACGAUGUGAGUAAACAGCCUGGCCCCAGGGAGUUAUCAGCCGCAGCCUCGCGACAGGGAAUUGCCACUACAGUAGUAGGGGUGCAGUACACUCCACAUUCCCAUCAGUUUUCCAGAACACGCAAGAUGUUCGAUAAGGGACCCGAUCAGACUGUCGAAGAUUCAGAGGAUGGAGUUGGACAUAAAAGCUUCAUAACGACCACUAUGCAGACGGGCUACUGUGAUUGGAGUGCAAAGUAUUUUGCGCAGCCAGUAAUGAAGAUUCCCGAGGAGCAUGAUGUCGAGAGCCAGGUCCGGAAGGAACGGGAAUGGAGAUUCUUGCGUAACGGGCGGGUCAGAAAGCGAGCUCGAAGGAUUAUACAGAAAGGCAUCAUGAGAUUGGACGACCAAAUCUUUAUCAACAGAAACCCAGGCGUGCCGUCUGUAGUUAAGUUUCAUCCUUUCACCCCUUGCAUCGCUGUGGCUGACAAGGAUAGCAUAUGCUUUUGGAAUUGGGAGAAAGGAGAAAAGCUUGAUUAUUUCCACAACGGAAAUCCCCGGUAUACGAGGAUCACGGCUUUGGAAUACCUCAACGGACAGGAUUCCUCACUCCUGCUGUCAGCCACAGACGAUGGAGCAAUCCGAGUCUGGAAGAACUUUGCAGAUUUGGAGAAGAAUCCAGAGAUGGUGACUGCGUGGCAAGGAUUGUCUGACAUGCUCCCAACUACCAGAGGUAUUACCAGAAGGCUUUCAAUAUAUCUUGACAGAAGUAAGCAGGGAGGUGCUGGCAUGGUUGUGGACUGGGAGCAGGAGACCGGACUGUUAAUGACAUCAGGAGAUGUCCGCAUUAUCCGAAUCUGGGACGCAGAUCGAGAGAUGAAAGUACAGGAUAUCCCUACAGGAGCAGACAGCUGUGUGACGAGCCUUUCUUGUGAUUCUAGUCGCUCGCUCAUCGCUGGGGGUCUGGGCGAUGGCUCUGUCCGUAUCUACGAUAGGAGAAUGGCUCCAAAUGAAUGCCGUGUGAUGACAUACAGAGAACAUGCUGCAUGGGUGGUGAAAGCCUAUCUACAGAAGAGUCCCGAUGGCAAUAUCAUCAGUGUCAGUGUAAAUGGAGAUGUACGGUUCUAUGACCCACGGAUGCCGGAGUCCAUGAAUGUAAUUCAGACUGUAAAAGGAUUGACAGCGCUGGACAUUCACCCGCAGGCUAAUCUGUUUGCUUGCGGCUCGAUGAAUCAGUUCAUAGCUGUAUAUAAUGCAAACGGGGAUGUGAUAAGCAAUAUUAAAUACUACGACGGAUUUAUGGGUCAGAGGAUCGGGGCCAUCAGCUGCCUGGCUUUCCAUCCGUUCUGGCCUCACUUAGCUGUUGGAAGCAAUGACUACUAUAUGUCUAUCUAUUCAGCAGAGAAGCGAAUCAGAUAACAAUGAACCCGCCAAGCCCUGCUUUAAUCUACUUCACACCAUUGACGUGAUUGACGUAUAGUCGGAGGCUGUAUAUUACUUCUAAUGUACAUAUCGAAAUUAUUUACUUGAAUGUCGAUGGUGACAAGCUGCUCCAAGUGGUGACUUGAACUUCUCCAGUAUAUAUAUCUAUACAUAUAUAUAUUUUCUGCUACUGUAGAACAAUUCAGUGCAUCGACCAUGAGGCUGCACAAUGUUCACGAGACCUGUUUGUGUUUUUUUUUCUUUCCUUCCCGUUUGUUAUUGUUUUUAUUUUUUCCUUCCGUGAACUAGAUUUUAGCGUUCAAAUUAAUAUAAUAACUUAACCUGACAGUGGCUUCCCUUUGCGGACGUGAUCGCCGGGGCGAUCAGAGAGCCCCUUCAUUCUGAGCAGAGGAGUCUCGCAGAGACUAGCAGAAAUACCAGCGACCGUUCUGAAGAGUAUUAAAACGCUCGCACCUUCAAAAAGCGGUGUGAUUUUUGUGAGCAUUAUUUUACCCUGUUACUGAAGCAUUUAGGCCGAUAGAAUCAUGAUCUCCUGGGGUAGGGGGUUGGGGAAAAACUGUACAGUAUUCCUUCCGAUUUUGUGGUGGGGGGGGGUUCUU